UGGAUCGACGCUCAAAAACAAAACCACAAAGCGCCCUUCGUACCACAUAAAUACAUUUUUGUCAAACAGAUAUCUUUCCCCUUUAUCUCUUUCUAGAUUUUGAAUCCAGAUCCACCGCCAUCCCCCAAAAUAAACCAAAAAAAAAAAAAAACCCCCUCUUUUCCUUUCUCAUCCAACCAGCUUUGCCAUUGCCUUUGUUUUCUCUUUCUCUUUUCUUAUAAUAAAUAAUCAAAUGAGGAAAGGAGCUAAGAGAAAAGCCGCCAGCCAGAAACAAGAGGAGAAGGAAGUAAAAGCUUCGUCUUCUUCACAAGAGAAUCAGAAGGCGAACCAUAAACUUGCUUCCAAAGCUAAGCGUUCCAAGACCUCCAAGCCCCAGCCAGAGCCUGAGUACUUCGAAGAGAAGCGUAACUUGGAAGAUUUAUGGAAAGCUGCGUUUCCUGUUGGAACAGAGUGGGAUCAAUUGGACACCGUUUACCAAUUCAACUGGAACUUCUCGAAUCUAGAAGAUGCAUUUGAAGAGGGGGGAAAGCUAUAUGGACAGAAAGUUUAUCUCUUUGGUUGUACGGAGCCUCAAUUGGUCCCUUACAAGGGAGAAAACAAAGUCAUUUGUAUACCUGUGGUUGUGGCUGUUGUGUCUCCUUUCCCACCUUCAGAUAAGAUUGGAAUUAACUCGGUGCAGAGAGAAGCUGAAGAGAUUGUUCCCAUGAAACAAAUGAAAAUGGAUUGGGUGCCAUAUAUUCCACUUGAGAAUAGAGACAGCCAAGUUGAUAGACUGAAAUCUCAAAUAUUCAUCUUAGGCUGCACUCAAAGAAGGGUUGCUCUGAAACAAAUGAAAAUAGAUCGUCUCAAGCAAUACGAGUAUUGUCUGCCUUAUUUCUAUCAGCCUUUGAAGGAAGAUGAGCUUGAACAAAGCACUGAGGUUCAAAUAAUUUUUCCAGCCGAAUCAAAGCCGGUAAUUUGUGAAUUUGAUUGGGAGUUGGAUGAACUUGAGAGUUUAACUGAUAAACUGAUCGAGGAAGAGGAAUUAGAUAAAGAUCAGAAGGAUGCCUUUAAGGAGUUUGUCAAAGAGAAAGUUCGAGAAGCAAAGAAAGCUAAUCGGCAGGCAAGAGAAGCUCGCAAAAAUGCCCUUGAAGAAAUGAGUGAGGAAACUAAAGCAGCAUUUCAGAGCAUGAGAUUUUACAAGUUUUAUCCUGUUCAAACUCAGGAUACUCCUGAUGUAUCAAAUGUUAAGGCUCCUUUCAUAAACAGGUAUUACGGGAAGGCUCAUGAGAUUCUCUAACGGAGCUUUCUU